GCCCGGCCCCCCGUGCCCGCAGCCGCCGGUGCGUUCCCACUCGCCCGCUGCCGCCCCCCCCACGAGGCCCGCAGGAGGGACGGUAGCGCGGCCGGGGCUUGGCGUGAAAAUGAUCAAGGGCCUCGGGCAGCGCCGGAGCGCAGCGCCCGUCUGAUGCUGCCCGCCCGGAGGCCCCGUCGAACAAAGGCGGCAUUGAGGCCCCGGCUGCGCCCCCCCCGCGCCCCCCGCCCCGAGCUGGCAUCUUGGCGCGACAUUAAUGAACUCGCCUGUUUGUGCUCCCCCGGCCCCUCUCUCCUCCCACCGCCCGGGGGGCACCAUAUAUAUCCAUCCCUCCUCACCCGCCUCGGGCAUUUUGGUGGCUCCCCCUUCUGCCCCCCUUUGUCUGCACGGGGAUGGAGCAAGGAGGCAAGAGGAUGCGGGGUGCAAUUCUCGGGGUCCGCCUGGUCCCCCCCGUGCUGCUGCCGAUGCUGUCACUGCUGCAGCUAGUGGGGGGGGCCCCCCUGGCCCAGGGGCUGUACCCCAUGCCAGCCGGUGUCCUGCAAGCCCUGUCAAGCCGGGGGACGCUGGUGCUGGAAGCGGCUCUGAGGAGUGCAUUGCUGGCAUUGGAACAGGCAAUGGCCGAGCAGCAGCAGCAGCGGGGUGCCUGCGGGCUCUGUCCUCCCUGCCUCUUCCCCCCCUGUGCCAACCUCACCCGCCGCUGUUCACUGCCAGCUGUGCCCCCCACCGUGCCCCCCAGCUGCCAGGCCCUGCUGGAUGCCCAGGCACUCCCCGAGCUGCCCCAGCGCAACUGGGCAUUGAGCCAGGCCUGUGCCCCCUACCAGCGCCUGUGCCCACCCAAGCGGGCCCCACAUGCCUGUGCUCAGCUCAGCACCCGUCUCUGCCACUACCGCCUCCAGGAGUGCCGGAUGGCAGCCUCAGGCCCUGACGCACAAGAAGAGGUGGCGAUGCCAGGGAGCUGCGGGCACCGUGGGGUCCCCCAGGCCAACAUGACUGCCCCCCGAGGACGGAUCAUGGGUGGCAGCGUGGCCCUCCUGGGAUCCUGGCCCUGGCUGGUGUCGGUGCGGCUCCAUGGGGAGCUGAUGUGUGGAGGGGUGCUUGUGGGGCUCUCCUGGGUCCUCACUGCAGCCCACUGCUUUGCUGGGAACCAGAACGAGCUGGCAUGGACAGUGGUGGUAGGUGAUCAUGAGCUGGGCAAGCACAGAACAGGCGAGCAAGUGGUGUCUGUGCGGCGCAUCCUGCCUCACCCCAAGUUUAAUCCCAAGACGUUUCAUGGGGACCUGGCACUGCUGGAGCUGGCUGUGCCACUGGCCCCAUCGCCCACUGUCAGCCCCGUGUGCCUUCCCAGCAGCCCCGCAGAGCCCAGCCCCGGCACUGCCUGCUACAUUGCGGGCUGGGGCUCCCUCUAUGAAGAGGGGCCAGCAGCCAACGUGGUGAUGGAGGCACAGGUGCCCCUGCUCAGUCAGGAGACGUGCCGGAGUGCUCUGGGAAAGGACCUGAUUACCAACACCAUGUUCUGUGCUGGGUACUUGUCCGGGGGCAUUGAUACCUGCCAGGGUGACUCAGGGGGCCCGCUGGCAUGCCAGGACCCCUCCUCGCACCGCUUUGUCCUCUAUGGUAUCACAUCAUGGGGUGACGGCUGCGGUGAGCGGGGCAAACCGGGUGUCUACACCCGCGUCACUGCCUUCACAGACUGGCUCAGACUCCAGAUGGACCCUGCCCCUGGCAGCCGGGAACCGAGCUGCUUUGACCUGCUGGCAGUGUCCCAGCUGCCCCCUGAGCAGCAGCCACCUGAGCGGGCUCGCCUCUGCACCUUCUACACCGGGUCCUGCCGGGCCCCACAAGGCCACGCUGCCUGCGCCCGGCUGGCCGAGGAGACCUGCCGCGCCAGGACCAGACGAUGUGAGCUGCACUCCUAUGCCCAGACCUUGGUGGAUCUCCUGCGCAGGGCUGGGGACUUCAUCCGGAACCAGCUGGAUUUCUCCUUCCUCACCCAUGCUCUGCCACAGCUCCUGGGCAAGAUCUAUGGGCAUCUCUUCCCCCACCGUGGCCGCAGGGAUGCCCCAGGCCCAGUGGUGGCAGAGGGCCAGCCAAGCCCCAUGGCAGAGGGACCCCGGAGACACCCCACCAGACAGGGAGCUGGGCUGCCGCCCCCCUUUGCAGGGCUCUUUGGUGCUGUGGGACCCCGGCUGCAGGACUGGGUGGAGGUGCUGAGGGCCAUGGAGGGGGGAAGAUCCCUGGCACCUAUCCCAGAUGCAGGGCAGCUCCCCAGGGAGACAUGGCUCUUCCUGCAGCAAGGCAAGGAGGAGGUGGAGGAGCUGGUGGGACAGGGACGAGCCUUCCUUGCCCAGCUGCGGGCAGAACUGGACCUUGGCUCCUCCCUUGGAGCCAUGGAGCUGCAGCAAGCACCUGGAGAGCUGGCAGGGACCUCCACACCAAGCUGUGAGCCCCGGUCUGCACCGAGGGAGAAACGUGAGCUGGUGCCCCUGGAGCUGCCAGGGGUGGUGGAGGAGGAGGAGGCGGCAGGUGUGGGCAGAGCCUGCCCCGGCCUCAAUGAGUCAGCAGUGCGGGUGGGUGCUGUGCGGGAUCUGUACGCCUGGGUGCUGCGGGUGCCUGAGCCAGACCUGGCCAUGACUUUCCAGGAGAUCCUGGUGGACUUGGGCUCCAAGAAUGCCAAGGGACUGUACCGGGCACAGGUUCGGGCCACAGUGGGGGGUCGCCCCACAGCAUUCACUGGCCUUGUGGGGCUGGAAAGUGACUCGCUAGCCCGCAGCAUGCCUGGCCUCGUUGCUCUGGCACUUGAGGCGCUGAAAACCUAAUGGUGCCCCUAGUGCACUGUGCCAGUGUGGGGACAGGGUGCUGGGGCAGGGGUCUUCAAUGUCCUUCAAACACAGCCCACUCUCCAGCUCAGGCUCUUCCACCCUUUUUUCCCACAUUGUGCCUCAGUUUCCCUCUUCCCACCAGCACUGCCAGACCUACCCAGGGCCAUGGGGCACCAAGGGGCACCUGGAACAUCUCAGCUGGGGGUCAUGGCCCUCAUCUCCCCUGGGACUCUCAUCUUGGAAAACCCAUCCCCAUUUUCCCCCAUAGGCACCUGAGCUGUUAUUUAUUUGUACAGAGAAAGGUUUAUUUUUCAAUAAAGAAGGGCUCUAUUUUCCAGUA